GAAUGUGUAAAGAAAGCGGUCUCAACGUUUUCCUCGAAAAGACGUGAAAAAAAAAGAAUUUUCAGGUAUAAAGAUCGCGUGAAACUUCAAUGACGUUUUAAAACGUCACCGGUCCCCAAAGGGUUAACCUUGUUAUACUGAUGCCUUAGAAUAUUAUCAAAAAACAUUAGCAAUUGCAGCGAAAAACCAAUGGAAAGAUCACGAACUUAUCGCACUUGUUUACAUGAGUAUUGCAACAACUUUCACGGAAAGCGACAAAUGGGAAGAGGCCUUGUCAUAUUAUGAAAAAGCGCUCACAGAAUAUAUGAUUGUACACGAUGAAUAUCAUUUCGAUAUCAUUACCGUAUAUAAUAAAAUCGGUUAUACCUGUGCUCAAUUAAAUUUGGUGACAGAAGCAUUUAAAAAUUUUGUGGAAUCAUUCAAACGACAAACACAGCGAGCCACUUUAGCUGAUGUCCAAGCGAAGAAAGCGGUAGCCAGUGCUCAUUAUUGUGCUCACACCAGGCAAUGGAUGCAUGCCAUCGAAUAUUAUGAGAAGGCGAUUGAUAUGUCCCAAGUCACUCAACCAUACGAUCUUCUUUUAUCGGAUACUUAUAUCUAUAUCGCUCGAACAUUGUUUGGAAUAGACUUGUACUCAGAAUCAUUAGAGAAAUUUAAAAAGGCUCUCGUGAUUGUAGUGAAUGCUCGUACGCCUGAUCAACAAGUCAUAUCAAAAAUAUACUUAAAUAUCGGUCAGAUUCAUGUCCAUCAACGUAACUAUAACGAAGCCGUAAAUAGUUUUCAGACAGCUCUAAACAUUAAACUGAAUUCAUCAACGAAAAAUGACACUAAUUUGGCUUCAAUGUAUCAGCAACUUGGAGA